CUUCAUUAGUUCAUUUCACAAUUCAACCCGCAUAUAUAAUGGAGUAAUAUAUUCGAAGCUGAAAUGACUUCUGACCAAUCCAAGUCAAGAGAAAUUACAAUGAAAUGACAAACAAGAAUGUAAGAGCCAAAGACUCCAUUGCUAGACCUUUACUCUACUCACAGAGUCUUUCCGUUCUCCACACUACGAGAAACCAAAGACUUUGAUAAAGAAAAUGAAACCAGAACCCAACAAACCCCAUUUUCACGUCACGCCUCAAUUCCAGUUUUUUCCUUCACAAUCCAUUUCAUUUGAUCUUCAAAUCCAUACUUUCUUUGCGUAACCAAUUCAUUUGAUCUGAGUGAGAGACACGAACAAAGAUCAAACCCCAAAACACUAUUUUCAGUAAUCAAACCAAGACCAGAACCAGAACUUGUUCUCUUUCGCAAUCAUCAAAAAACCCUAAACCCCAAUUAUCAAAAAUCCCACAAAGAAUCGUUCAAUCUAAACCAAACCCAUGUUGGCAAACAUCCAAAUGCCCUCCGCAAAAUCCGUGAUCUCGGCGGCAGCCUCCAUCUCCGCCACGGCGGUGGUGGUCCGCUCCGUCGCCAGAGACUUCCUCCCGUAUGAAUUCCAACACUUUCUGCUCAUCAAAUUCCGCCACUUCCUCACCACAUUCUCAAACCAACUCACCAUUGUCAUCGACGAAUUCGAUGGCCUCAACUCCAACCAACUCUUUAGAGCCUCCGAGCUCUACCUGGGCACCAUCAUCACCCCCUCCACCAAACGCUUCCGAGUCACCAAACCCGAAAAAGAAAACAAAAUCAACGUUUCCAUGGAGCGAAACCACGAGCUCACAGACACAUUCAAUGGGUUUCAAUUGAAAUGGAAAAUGGUCAGCAAACAAGUUCAAUCCAAGUACAUUUCCGACUCAGAUGGACGACACAAUCCCAUCCCGCGAACCGAGCUCCGGUACUUCGAAUUGAGCUUCCACAAGAAGCACAAGAACAGGGUUCUUGAGGACUACAUGCCUUACAUCUUGGAGGAAUCAAAAAAGGCGAAAGAGGAGAUCAAAACACUCAAACUGUUCACUCUGGAGCGUGACAGGAUGAGAGGAGGGAGCAGAGGGAACCCCUGGCAAUCAGUGAAUCUUGAUCAUCCAUCGACGUUCGAUACUUUGGCUAUGGAUUCGGAGAUCAAGACGACUAUAAUUGGGGAUCUUGAGAGGUUUGUGAAGAGGAAGGAGCAUUAUAGGAAGGUUGGGAAAGCAUGGAAGAGAGGGUACUUGUUGUUUGGGCCACCGGGGACCGGGAAGUCUAGCUUGAUCGCGGCAAUGGCGAAUUACCUUCAUUUUGAUGUCUAUGACUUGGAGCUGACUGAGAUUAGGAGCAAUUCUCAGCUGAGGAAGCUGCUGAUUUCGACUGCCAACCGCUCGAUACUGGUGGUGGAGGACAUUGAUUGCUCCAUUGAGUUUCAAGACAGGCUAGCAGCAGCAGCAGCAGCAGCAGCUAGGCCUAUGAAUCCUUAUCAACGUAAUCAAGGGUCUGGGGUUACCCUUUCAGGAUUGCUGAAUUUCAUUGAUGGAUUGUGGUCAAGCUGUGGGGAUGAGCGGAUUAUAGUGUUCACAACGAAUCACAAAGAUCGCCUUGACCCUGCUUUGUUGCGCCCCGGUCGUAUGGAUGUGCACAUUCACAUGUCCUAUUGCACCCCAUGCGGAUUCAAAAUGCUCGCCUCCAAUUACCUUGGAGUUACAGAGCACGCACUCUUCUUGGAGAUUGAAGAAUUGAUAGAGAUGAGCAAGGUGACUCCGGCUGAAGUUGGAGAACAGUUGAUGAAAACCGAGGAGGCUGACAUUGCGCUAAGAGGCCUUGUUGAGUUCCUCGAGGAGAAGAAGAAAAGUGAAGAAACCAAAGCUAGUGAAGUAGAAUCAGGAGCAUCUGGAGCAAAAGAUAUGGCAGAGCUUGAGGGAAAAUGUGGGUGUGAAAAAGAGGACGGUGAGAAGAUUCAAGAAACACUUGAGAUCAAGUAAAUUGUUGCAGCAGUUUGGAAGAAGAGUUUGUAUUUUUUCUUUUUUUCUCUUCUUUUUUUUUUUUUUUCUUUUUUGUUUCGAAAGUUCAAGCAAGCGUAGACACGCUAACAAUAUUAUCCUUCACAGUUUGAACACUCGAUCUGUCCUUUGGGGAGGAAAGAGAUGGGUAAUAUCUGGGUUUUAUGUAGAACAACCUCAUUUAUAUGCCAUAUAAUUUAUUA